AUGCUUACGUGGGUGUCUGAGCAUUGUCAGACUUUCUUCCCGCUGCGGCUUGGGCCCUUGCUUUCUUUCAUGCGCAGUUUGACAUCGGAGAGUGCCAAGGCCCAGUGUGGAGAGACAAUCAAUUUCAUUGUGCACGUCCUUGGAGUACAUGCCGAUCUGGAUAUCGUGAAGCAUCCUGUAAUCCAAGGGCUUUUACGGGGGUCUCGGUCAACGGGGAAAGAGAUCAAGCAAUCCAGGGUGCUCACUGUCCGUGAAGUGAUGGCGCUUGAAGAUAUGCUCAGUGAUGAAUCCCUUGAUCCUGUUGAUCGGUAUGGUGCAGGAGUUUUCCUCUUCCAGAUUUACAGCCGGGCACGAGUGUCCGACAUCAGGAACAUCCAUUGUUUCGAGCUCGACCUGAGUGGAGAUGACGGGUACCUUGAGGCGAAGACGAUGGAUCACAAGAAUGCGACCAGAGGACGUGGGCUGGGGCAGAGCUUGAUUCUCGUUGCUCCGGUUCAGGGUCUGCGGGAUAAAGGCCAGCGGUCCGGGGAAGCGAUCGGGUCCGAUGAGACUUCAUCGUGGCUCAACGGUCUGUUGAAUCGUGCUCUGGGUGAGCAGGCUGACGGUAAAGAUCCCCUCACCCUCGCCGCUGAGCAGUUCCGUUUUGGCGAUCUUGAUGAAGUCAUUGACGCUGCAGGUGAUGUUGGAAGUGAACACGAGCCCUCACUUGAGGAGGGAAAUCCGGCUGGUGCUUGUGAUGCUGAGCCCGAGCCGGAUGCUGAGGAUUCUGACUCGAGUACCUCUAGUUCUUCAGGAUCUUCUGAUGACAAUGCCGAAGCCUAUGAGAGUUUCGCAAGUGAUGCUGCCCUUGACAGUGCUGUGCCCCACCUCAGUAAAGAGGUGGACUUGGACCUAGUGGUCUUCGUUGAGGAUGGCGAGGGCUAUGGGCCGGCACAGCGCUUUGCGCGUGCACUCGCAGUUUUGGAAAACAUGUGA